GGGGCGGGGCGGGCCGAGCCGGGGCCGCCGCCGCCGCCGCCUUUGCGGACGGGAGGGACGAUGUCUCGCUGCAGCCCCGCCGCCCGCCUGCUCGGCCGCGUCCUCCGCCUUCAACAGAAUGGAGUCCGACACUGCUCCUACACGGCAUCUAGGAAAAAUCUGUAUGUUAACAAAAACACAAAGGUUAUCUGUCAGGGUUUUACAGGCAAACAGGGCACCUUUCACAGCCAGCAGGCGUUGGACUAUGGCACCAAUCUAGUUGGAGGAAUUUCUCCAGGGAAAGGGGGAAAAACUCAUCUAGGUCUGCCUGUGUUUAAUUCUGUGAAGGAGGCCAAAGAGCAAACGGGUGCCUCUGCCACUGUGAUAUAUGUCCCUCCCCCGUUUGCUGCUGCUGCCAUCAAUGAGGCAAUCGAUGCAGAGAUGCCCUUGGUCGUGUGCAUCACUGAAGGGAUCCCCCAGCAGGACAUGGUGCGGGUCAAACACAGGCUGGUCAGGCAGGGCAAGACCCGGCUGGUGGGCCCAAACUGCCCUGGAGUCAUCAAUCCUGGAGAAUGUAAAAUUGGUAUCAUGCCUGGUCACAUUCACAAGAAGGGAAGAAUCGGUAUUGUGUCAAGAUCUGGAACCUUGACAUAUGAGGCUGUUCAUCAGACAACGCAAGUUGGAUUGGGGCAGUCUUUCUGUGUUGGGAUUGGAGGUGAUCCCUUCAAUGGAACUAAUUUUAUUGACUGCCUUGAUGUCUUCUUGAAGGAUCCUCAUACCGAGGGGAUUAUAUUGAUUGGGGAAAUUGGAGGAAAUGCUGAAGAAGAUGCAGCAGCAUUUUUGAAAGAACAUAAUUCUGGCCCAAAUGCCAAGCCAGUGGUGUCGUUCAUCGCCGGCCUGACGGCGCCUCCGGGCAGGCGGAUGGGCCACGCUGGAGCAAUCAUUGCUGGGGGAAAAGGGGGAGCUAAGGAGAAGAUUGCAGCCCUUCAGAGUGCAGGUGUUGUGGUCAGCAUGUCCCCUGCUCAGCUGGGCAGCACCAUCUACAAGGAGUUCGAGAAAAGGAAAUUGCUGUAAGAGAAGACACUUUGGAAUACAGUCUCCAAAACACCAGUGCAGCACCUGGCCUGUGCUUACCUUUUGUCUGCUAAUCUUCAGUUGCCCAAAUGACUGAUGCCCAAAUGACUUGGAAGCCAUAAACCUCCUGGCUAAACCUGUUUUGAUGUCUCCCUUGUUUCAGACGUUAUCACCUCGUUGUAAAUCACAGCAAAUUAAUAAAUCUACUACUAAAUCUGACCCAUCUUUUGAAUUCCUGAAGCAGAGCUAUUUUCUUCAGUCAUCAUAAAAAAAAUCCUUUGUAACUUAAGCACUGCCCAUUUUUAAGGUAAAGUUGCCUGUAGAGAUGCUUUUAAGGAUCAAGGCACUGACUUUAUGCACAUACCACACUUUGCUUUGUUUUUAACGACUCCAGUCCCACUUGUUUGUUGCUGGCAAGUAUGUUUGAACAACAGGCCAAAGUUUCCGUCCAUUAAACCAAAGCUGCUGGAUCUGAAGGGAUUGCUUGUUGAUCCACGUAGCUGGAUAUGCCUGAGGUCCAGACUUUCUCUUCAAGGCUGACUAGCCAUGCACAGUGCAGUUCUCUACUGGCAAGGAAUUCUGUUGUUUGUGUAUAGAGAUGGAAUUGUUAUUCACAAAAAUUAAUCUAAUUUCACAUGCAAAAUAUAUAUUCAAAAUUGUCUGUAUCUAUGAAGAUGGUUUGGUCUUUAGCUUACAUUACCUUAAUUGCCACUUUAUCUUAACUAGAAUUGCAUUGCUAGUGUUCUGAAAUUCUAAUAACAAUGCGACACAGAGGAGGAGAAUUAUUAUUCUCUAAAAAAAAGAACAUAAUAAGGUAACUUACUUGUUAACCACUCCCAGCACUGUAAUGGAAAGCCCUUUUUUUUUACUGUGGAAGUAGCCCAAUAUUGUGCCUAUAAAUAAGUGUUAUAGGUUUUAUCAAGGUGGACUAAAUCCCAGAUUGCUUUAUAUAGAGGACUGAAAGUUCAUGUAACCUGGCACUUGUCUAGAGCUAACCUUGUGUUCCAUAAAGGUGCUGUUACGAAAA